GCGGCCAUAUAUCGAGAAGGACGAAACCAAGAGACAAAAUAUAUAUCAGCUCUGAAUCGAGCAAAAUUUCUUACCCGUUAAUGGUGUACGACUUUUGCGGUCCUGUUUUACAGUUAGGAUUUGAACAGAGUCACGUGGCCGUUUCCUGGGUGAAGGUUCGUUGGUGAAACCGUGUCUCGCGAGCACGGGUUCCGUUGCCUUGGUAACCCUUAGCCCCCACUGCUUGGAUUUACCUGCGCAGCACAGGUUGAACUUUGUUGUUGUAGUGUUUGCCAGCCGUCGGUCCGAAAUGGGCCACGGACUAAAAUGCGGUGUUGCCUUCUCGUUCUUUGCCGUUUUUGCUGCAUUUUGGUACCGGCAGCAAGUGGGCAACGAGCUGGACUCGCGUUUGGAGACCGUGUUGACUUCGCUGCUGAAAGCAGAGAGGAAAGUAGACCUGAACCAGCGGCCCCGAGUGGCAGUAGGUUUUGGUGGCUGUCUUGACAUUGUGGCAGAUGGAAUUGCUCUGUUAAAGAAAGCUGGCAUCAAACCAAGCAAGAAUCCUAUCCAUCAUAAUUUCAUCACAUCAGAAGAACAGUUGGCUGAAAGCUUUGCUUACUUCUUUCCUCCUGGAGCUGCAUCGGAACGCUUUAUUUCCAAUGAUACAUUGUUUCGUAAGUUGGUGAAAGCUACCCAGGGUCUUCCUCGAGUACGUUGGUCAUUAGGUGGAAAUGCACCGGUCAUGGCGAAUCGUCUUGCCAAGGAAGGGUGUGAAGUACUCAUUGGGAGUCGUCUUACGCCUGACCUUAUUGAGGUCCUUCAAGAGCACGUGACUGUUACAAGCAAACCUGUAGAUGAAACUGACAUUCACCUAAUUCUAGAGUACUCAACUGGUGCCAAAUGGGGGAAGCUAGUGUCUAGAAGAGCAAACAGGUUCAUAGUCCAUCAUGACACUUCCAAUCCUAUUUUGGAGUCACUUGAAGAUUUUCAGGCACAACUCCAGCAGUUUAAGCCAUCGCUACUGAUAAUUAGUGGGCUUCAAAUGAUGGAUAAUUUUCCCUUUACACCAGGUCAACUUGACAAGCGGUUAAGAUUGCUCCAGGAUCUCCUUUUAUCAAUGGAUCGCACCACUGGAAUCCAUUUUGAGAUGGCCUCUUUUGUGGAUCGCAGUGUUCUGAGCAAACUUUUAUCCUAUGUCAUUACUCAUGUAGAUUCUUUAGGAAUGAAUGAACAAGAGUUACCCAAUCUACUUAGCAUGUUAAAGGGAUCCAAUAUCACUGUCUUAUCUGACCCUUACCCAAGAGUAGCAAAUGUACUUGAUCAGAUGCGGGAUGUAUAUCGUAUCUUAAAUUCUCAGGAAAUAACAAGCGCAAACCGCAGACUGACACGUCUGCAUGUUCAUACUCUUGCUUUCCAGGCAAUCGUUAUUGCUAAAGGGUCUUCUUGGAGAAACACCAUGUCAGCAGCUGCCAAAGCUUCACUGACUGCACAUCGCCAUGUUUGUGGCUCACCAAAUAUUGACACCAGCAAAGCCAAGUUGAUAAUGGAUGAUUCUUUUUCUAUAAGCCGUGAGCAAGGGAGUAAGAAAAUUCCGCUUGAAGAAAAUCGCCCUGUUUCUUGCUGGGAGGAGGACAACUAUGAAAUUUGUGUUGCUCCAGUGCUAGUAUGUACAGAGGUCUACCAGACUGUAGGUGGUGGUGAUAAUGUUUCUGCAGCCAGCUUGGUUCUACAGAUCUAAUAAUCUCUCUCUACCUCUGAAGGGGAGGAGGUUGAGGUUGGAACAUGGACAUACUUAAAACCUUGUGUAAUACCUCGGUGAGGGAGCUUAAUAUAUUUUCAUGCUUCAUCUUCCUUCACACAGUCAAAUAAAAUUUUAUUUUCUGUAUAAUUUAGCCUCUUGUAAUCAACAUUGAGGUGUUUUGGUAUUGUUUAACUAUUCAUUUUUUCACAAUUUUUGUAUAAAUUAUUCUAUGAUCUUCCAUGUCUAAUCUUGAUUUAUACUUUUAAUUUGUCAUUUUUUUGUUUGACAGCUGUGAGUAAAUAUUGAAAAUAUAAUGAGUAUUUUGUUUAGUUACAACUCCCCAUUUUCUUAGGAAUAUUCUGAACGCGAGCCAGCCAUUGCAUUGUUAUAAAAAGCUUGGUGCAUUCCAUCUUAAUUUUUGAGUCAGUAUUUUAUAUCCUUUUUGUGGCUGUCAAAGUGGCCAGUUAAACUGAGCUAAGUCAGUGACUAUUCUCAGGUGCAAUACAGUCCUGUGCUACUCUUUCUCCUGAUUUAGAUUAUAUAAACAUCCUAUGUGUAUCUUCGUUCUUUCUUUCGUUUCCCCUCCCCAUCCCACCCCACCUUUUUCUUUUCACUAUUUUUGUGGUAUAUUUGCUACUUUAUUCCCAGUUUGACUAACUAUGUAUAAAAUCAUAUUCUAGCUAGUACUUCCAAAUGUUUUAAUAAUCAGAUCCAGAUCAACUAAAUGGUCCUUUCGAUUUUGUUUUUAUUUCUGGCCAUUCAUGCCUCAUUUCCAGGAGCACUGGCAGCUUUUAAGAACAUCAUAAAUGUCCUAGUGAAUCUAGAUAGGUGGUCUUUUUGGUCAUGGACAGAGAAGGUAAAAAAAGCCAGUCAUGAUGUGUUUGCUGCCAUAUCUCUGAUCAGCCUGAAUUUCUGUGAAAUCACAAUUGUGUGGGGAACUUGACUUCUGUCCUCCUCUCCCAUUGAACAUUGCCUUUCCUAGGGUUUCCUCCCUCACUCAGAUCUAUUCAUUUGGCAUGACCAGUGAUGACCAGGCAUUUUCUAGUCUGUGGAUUGAUAUUGUUUCUAUGUGGUACAUUUGGCCACUUCUCUAAACUACAUACCUUCUUGUUUGAGAAGGUUAGAGUUAAAAUAACUGGGAAAGUUGGAAACAAACUGGGAGCUCUCUAAUAGGGAAUCUACUCAGCUCUCAAACUGCUGGACAUUGAAGUGACAAUGGAAACUUGCAAUAGUUUCAGCAGAAAGCAGAAUUUUACUGACUAUUUGUGCAUUCAGAUAGUUGAAGGGGAAUUCUUCUGUGAUAACUGAGCAAAAAGUAUAAGUAUAAAACUGUAUUCCUUGAUUUAUACUUAGUUUAUCAUAAUGUGAGGAAAGUGUUCCAUUACCAUGAUAAUGUGAAUGCACCUGGGAAUAUACUAAAAAUAAAACUGCUUUAGUAAGUUCACCAUGUUUAGAGGCAAAAUAAUAAGGAUACAUUAUGGAUAAAAUGUAUAAUUUUCAUUUGAAUUGCAUUAGUAUUAAAAUUUGUUUGGGGGCUGGGGUUCCAGAACGAGCAGAGACACACUUUUAUAACCAGAGAUCUGCUAGUUAGGUGUCAAAUUAGGAUGCACUUUAUCCAUUACAGUAUAGCCAAAAUCUAUCACUCCCUUACCUUCUAACCUUUGAAGGCUGUAGUUGCUGUGUCACGUGAAAGUUUCCAAACAGUUUGGGUUUUUAUUAACUCAGACAAAGAAAUCAUUGCUAACUGAAAUUUUAAAGUUAACUGAAAAAAUGAGAAAUUCUGCGGAAAUGGUGCAAUAACUGUUGUUUUGAAAGUCUGGAAGCUUAAAACUCUAACAUUGUAAUGAGGUGAGUAGCAGUGAACUUAGAUUUUUGCUAAAUCGACUCUGUGCCUUGGGAUAUUUUAUGUUGAAAAGGUGCUAUUUAAAUACAAAUUAUAUAAAAUUUGCUUUACCUGAGAAAUGCUUUGUGUCAAGUACGAAAGAAAAUCUUGACUUCUUUCCACUUUCCCCAUCCCACUCUGAAAUAAAGGCUGUUUUAUUCUAUUGAACUGAUCUCAGCCUUUUAAGUGAGUCUUAGCCAAAAGAGGUACGUUUUGAUUGAUGACAAUUAUUGAAAACAAAUUUGAUACUGCUAUUUAACAUGGUAAAUGGUACAGUGUUUUUGCACUGAUCAUUCUUUUAAUCAGAAUUUGUUCAUUAGUUCAUGUAAGUUAAGGUCUUUAAAACAAGAAAUGAUGUGGCUCGACAUUUGAGAAAAAAGAUUUCUGUAGCAAAUAAACUAUUUUAAAAAUUUUUAUAUUUUACUUGCAAUGAAAGAGCAUACUUGAGCCAUUCUUUUGAAUAUGAAGCUUUAGAAGCUAUAUUCUUUUUGCAUUUAGUUGAUAACUACCUUUAGUCCAAGUUCUGAAAUUUAAUUGUAAACUAUCCAUUCCUAGGUCAUCUGUUGCUGGGUUAUUCUUUCUUAAACUCUGUAGUAAUGUCUAGUGAGCAAUUUUGAUACUUUUAUUUCAAAAUAAGUACUUUCAAAAAUAACCUGCAUGAUAUGUCCACGGUACAAAAGUAUCAAUGAAACCCUAAAUGACCAAUUUGCUGCUUAUACUUUUGAAACAAAGUGAAGAAAACCGGUUUGUUUUGAACUCCGUUGUUUGUGACCACCCUAGAAAUGUACUAAUUUGUCAACACCAUGCAAUAAAUAUUUUAAAUUUGUCCAGUAACUUGCCCAGGUGUACAAAAAUUAAUAACUGCUUAUGCUGCAUUCCAAACUUAAUAAAUUGAAACACCAACACUUAGAUCAUGGCUUCUGAAAUUGCUGUUAGUCUAAUGUGUGAUGGGCAAUGUCCUUAUUUGAAUAAAUCCAGAUUCUUAAGAUGGGCUCUCAACUUUGUCUGAAUUAUUAUGGAGCCACGAGCUUUUUUUUAAUAUAGUCACAGAUUUAUACAGGGUAUGACUUUUUAAAUAAAAACUGCUACACCAUUCCAAAUUGCCUCAGUGAUGUGUAGAUGAUAUUGUUAAUUAUGCCUUCUGGUGGGAAUGUGAAGAGAUGUAAUUAUCUUGCUUGAAAUAAUGACUUUGCUUUUGUGGCAUGAUGAAGUUUUAAAUUUCUCAAGUCAGCAUUGUUAUGAGUUUUAUUUCCCUGUAAUGAAAUAUCCACUUUAUUUUGUACUUGUUUGUUUCCAAUAAACUGAUUCUGAAUA